AUGUGACAUCGUGACAGUUCAAUGACGUUUCUUCAUUUGUUGUGAAUGUGAUUUUUCAAAUGAAAUAAUGUCUCUUAGAAAAGUACUUUCUCUAACAAGAACUGCGUGUUGUAACAUAACUAAUUUACAUUCGAAAAAUUAUUUAAGGCAAAACGUAUGGUUGCUUACUAUAAACUCACCAAAAUUUUACUCUACAGAAAAUAUAGACAAAAAAGAUGCAGUGAAACCUGAUAUUUUAGGAAGAUUCUUCCCACAAACUCCUCUUUCUACAGAAGAUGCGCAGGCUAUCAAGAAGGAACAGGAGAAAUUUGAACAAGAGAAUAAAGAAAAGACAGAAGAAAAUGAGAAGAGUUGGAGAAGGAUGAAGAUGGGUUUCGCGGUAUUUGGCGGUGCCCUGACAGUAAUGGGCGGCUGCCUAGUGGUGGAGAUGGGUGCUCCACGUCGCGGUGAUGAUGGCGAAAUAAUUGAAGACGAGUUCUCACAUAUGCCCGUCGUCCUCCAAUAUCUACGGCGCACGUGGAAGGAACUCACCUUUUAUGAAAAGAUGAUAAAGGAGCCGUCCCGUGAGAAGUUAUUGCCCGACCCGCUCCCGCCGCCGUACCAGCCCACCUACACACUGGUCCUAGAGUUUACUGACGUGCUCGUCCACCCUGACUGGUCCUACCAGACUGGCUGGAGGUUCAAGAAACGUCCCGGAGUCGACCAGUUCUUACAGACCGUCGCCAGUUCCAACUAUGAGGUGGUGAUCUUUACCUCGGAGAAUGCUUUCAUGAUAUGGCCAGUUUUGGACAAGUUAGAUCCGGAGAACAAGUUCAUCACAUAUAGGCUGUUUAGGGACUCCACGCACUUUAUCGAUGGAGUACAUGUCAAGAACCUUGAGGGACUUAAUCGUGAUCUGUCCAAGGUAAUAGUUAUUGACUGGAACAAAGCAGCUACUAAAUUCCACCCACAGAACUCCCUUAUUCUGAAGAAAUGGAAGGGAGCUGAUGAUGACACUGCCCUCCUCGACCUUGCUAACUUGCUACAAACGAUAGCAAUGUCCGACGUAAUUGACGUGCGUGAAGUAUUGACAUACUACAGUCAGUUCGAUGACCCCAUCGCCGCCUUCCGCGAGAACCAGCGCAAGUUGAUGGAACAGCUGGAGGAGAAGGAACGUGAGAACAAGGGGCCUGACCAGCCUCUCACCAGGAGCUGGUUACGGACCUUCACCAGGCGCUAACUCCUGCUAUAGGUAUGUUAGUAAAUCGUAAAUGUAACAGUUAUGAUGGUCAUUGUAUAGGUAUCCUAAUAUACGUAGAAUAAACGAUGUGUUGUUUGUUGGUUGGGAUUUUUCCUUAAAAUAAUAUAAUAAAAAGCAAAAAGAUGCUCAGUUCAUAACUAUGGCGUUGUGUAAAUCUGGCUUAUAUCUAUCUUUCAAGGUGGUUAAACUGGUACAGUAGCCGGCACAUAACUUGGCAAGAAUUUGGCAUAGUGGGAGCAAAUUCACGCAUGUCCCAAAAAAUGGUCCCUUUUAGUGCUUGUAAUUUUUGUGAUUAUUACCUUAAUUUAUUUUCAAUUUAUGUUUAAAAGGAAGGAAAAAAAUUCGUGAUAUUUAUUAGGUGUUAUAAAUAAAAUACAUAAAUUCAUUUAAAAAUAUUUUUUUUUUAAAAAAUAACUGUCACUGUCACAUAAAUAUCCUAUGCCUGGAAUUAAAUUUAAAGUGCUACCGGAGCAAGUGGAAGGACGUGGCUCUUGAUAUCGACAAAACUUUCGUGCAAGUAGCUCUCAUCG